CCGCGGCCUGCCGGAGGGCGCGCGCCGCCUCCUGCCUUGCCUAGCCUGGGGGGCGUGUGCGCGCGCCCCAGCCCUCUCGGGACACACCACCUGCUCCAGAGCGCGCGCGGCCGGGAGCAUCCCCGGCCCUAGGGCCACCCCUUCGCCCCCGCUGGCCCAGCUCUACCUUCCCUCCCCCCGGCCUCCCCCCUCCGCUCCGGUGACUGCUCGCCUGGCGGCAGGGCCUGAGUCGUCGCAGCCACCUCAUUGCACAACCCGGCUUCCCAACUGUUUACACAGCCCGGCCUGUGAGUGUGUGUGUGUAUACAGCGUGAGUCACCGGGAGGCGGAGGAGGUGGAGGAAAAGGAGAAGGAGGAGUGCACUGGCCGGGAUCGGUGCGGCGCACACACUCACUCACUCACACUCAGUCACUCUCUCUGAGCGCGUCUCGCUCGCGCACACUCACGCCGGGAGCCCAGGAGCGCGCAGGAUCCCGAGCGCCACGGAAAAGUUGCUGCGGCUUUCGCUCCGAGACUUAUUGUUUUGGGAAGUGCAUUUGCUCUGUGGCUCCAGCGAGCCUGCGGAAUCCUGUGCUUGUGGCUCGGGACCUCGGGAACGCCGGCCGCAGCCGUCUCUGCCUCCUGGACUGUCGGCGGCCUCGACAACAAUAGCAGCGGCCGCCCUCUGUGAGGCGUCCCGAGCCUGUACCCGCUAGGGUCCCGGGACCCGAGCGGAGCCUCCGUCCCCCGGACGCAGGCCAGCGUGGUCCCCGCGUGCACCGCGAGCGCCCGGGAGCGGCUCUAGCUUUGCCCCCGUGGGGGCCGAACCAAGCUCCGUCUGCAAACUCCAUCCCGCGGGCUGGAAUAAGUCGCGGCGCCGGCGCCGACCCCGUCGCGCCUUCCCGCGGAUCCGAGGACUUACAAAGCCAGGGCCGUCUGGCCCGGGACGGGAUGCGGGUCGGUCCGGUGCGCUCUGCCAUGAGCGGCGUCUCGCAGCCCCGCGCCCCGGCCUUCCUGCUCCCCGCCGGCCGCGGCGCCCCUGCCAAACGCCUGCUGGACGCGGACGACGCGGCGGCCGUGGCGGCCAAGUGCCCACGUCUCUCCGAGUGCUCGAGCCCCCCAGACUACCUCAGCCCCCCUGGCUCUCCCUGCAGUCCGCAGCCUCCGCCCGCCGCGCGGGGGACAGGCGGCGGCUCCGGGAGCGCGCCAGGGCCCAGCCGCAUCGCCGACUACCUGCUGCUGCCUCUAGCCGAGCGCGAGCAUGUGUCCCGGGCGCUGUGCAUCCAUACGGGCCGCGAGCUGCGCUGCAAGGUGUUUCCCAUUAAACACUACCAGGACAAAAUCCGGCCUUACAUCCAGCUGCCAUCACACAGGAACAUCACUGGCAUCGUGGAAGUGAUCCUUGGGGAAACCAAGGCCUAUGUCUUCUUUGAGAAGGACUUUGGGGACAUGCACUCCUAUGUGCGCAGCCGGAAGAGGCUGCGGGAAGAGGAGGCCGCCCGCCUCUUCAAGCAGAUCGUCUCCGCCGUUGCCCACUGCCACCAGUCGGCCAUCGUGCUGGGGGACCUGAAGCUUAGGAAAUUUGUCUUCUCCACGGAGGAGAGAACCCAGCUCAGACUGGAAAGCCUAGAAGAUACACACAUAAUUAAGGGAGAAGAUGAUGCUUUGUCAGACAAACACGGCUGCCCAGCCUACGUGAGCCCCGAGAUUCUGAACACCACGGGGACCUACUCCGGGAAGGCAGCGGACGUUUGGAGCCUUGGAGUGAUGCUCUACACCCUUUUGGUGGGACGCUACCCCUUCCAUGACUCAGACCCCAGUGCCCUUUUCACCAAAAUCCGACGUGGACAGUUCUGCAUUCCUGAGCACAUUUCCCCCAAAGCCAGGUGCCUCAUCCGCAGCCUCCUGAGACGGGAGCCUUCUGAGAGACUCACUGCUCCGGAGGUCUUACUCCAUCCCUGGUUUGAGUCCGUCUUGGAACCUGGGUACGUUGACUCAGAAAUAGGAACCUCCGACCAGAUUGUUCCAGAGUACCAGGAGGACAGUGACAUCAGUUCCUUCUUCUGCUAAUCCCCAAACCUCAGAAACCUCAUAAUUCUCACACAUGGCAUUUAUUUCCACUUCUAAAGAUGGACAGGCCUUUUGGCGUGGGGCCAACCAGACUUGUGAUGGCGUAAAGACUGUAGCUGCUGAACUCAACAUGGUGCCCCCCUCUUAUAUGUCCUGACAAGUGACUGGGGAGGUGAGCAGUGCACACUCUGACUGGCUGCCCUGCCAGAGCUGUUGCCCUCAAGGAAACUUCGCCGACCAUCCCUUUGCCAGAUUCGGGGGUUCCGCGUCUUUUAGAGGUGGCAACGAGGAUGGACAUCCUGCAGUAUGUGAUCAAGUGAAAUGAACUAGAACAUUCUGCAGGGAGAGGAAAUGAAUCGCACAAUGGCGUUUUGGGCAAUAACCAUAUUUUUAACAGGGUGACAAAUCAUUUGGGCCAAUAAACCUGCUGUCUUCGAACUUGUCUUUGGUAGCCAGACUCUUGCUACCCCAGCUUCUCUGCUUGGAAAGUUUUUUUUCCUGGUUUGGUUUAAUGCUCUCCCUUUCUUCGUAUUUUUGGAGCAGACUGUUCCGGGGGCAUAAGAAUCUGCCUGAACCAUGAACCCAGAAUCUCUCCUCCAUUUUCUGCCAAGACCCCAUUUGCACUAAUGCCUUCUUUCUGACCUUGAAACUCGCUCCCCUUAUCACCUCCCACCACUUUAAAAGCACUUAGCAGCUAACCGUGGAAAAGUAUCACAAAAGAUUCAGACUCCUGGCUACUUCAGAACUCUGAGCUCAGACAGAGACUAGAGAUUUUUAAAAAGAAUUCGAACACUUGGAAACUGUUAGCUUUUUUGGUUCCCCUCAAAUAUGCUAGGAUUUAUCCUUUACUUUUUUCCCCAAGACCAUCUCAGGGUGGAACAUUUUGUCUAGGAGGAGAAAGAUAAGGAGCCUCCCCACUCCCCUGCCCAAGAGCAAAUGUUAAACAUCUUUGUGCUUCAGAGAAAGUGAAUUUUGGAUAGUCUUAGACUAACUUCCAGAAUUAUACUUUAACACCCCCUCCCACCGUGGAUAUGGUCUGCAGUUUUACAUGUUUCAGACACGCUGUGGUUUAUGAAGACAUCUGUACCACCGGUAUCUGCAGUGAAAUAGCAAGUCCAAAUCUUUAAAAUCAGAAGGGACUUUAAAAGUCAUCCAGUCCAACUUCUUUCCUUUUUCUGCCACCUACUAAUGCAGAGAUUCCCCCCCCCCGCCCCCUUCAGCUUCUUUCACAGGUAGGACUCCAGCCUCUAUUUGAAUGCUUCCAGAGAUGGGAACUCACUACCUAUAAAAGAUAGAGCUUAACAGAGAAACUGUAGCUUGCAUUAAAAAAUACGAGUACAGAUGAAGUAUCAGUAAACGUCUCAGACAGUCCUGAAACCAGGUGGUUAAACGGGUAAACCAAACAUACUGUAUUUUGAGAAAUGGCACACACACACACACACAAAAAAAAAAAAAACAACAGGCAGUCACCUUUAAGGGCUACGCCUAGGCAAACUACUAACAUGCAUUGUGAGAAUACCGUGUAUACCUCACGCACCGUGUACUUUGUAUAUAUAUUGUACCUUUUAUACAUAUGUCCGAUAUUUUUUGUUGUUUUGGCUCUGACACUUGUUUUGUUGUUUGUGUCUGUCUGAAUAACCUGCGUGUCUAAGACCACGUGAAAUGUGAAUGAUCAUUGGCAAUAUUACCUUGACAGAAUCAUGGGACUCAGAGAAGAGGGAGGGCAGAGGCCUCUGCCGCACUAAUGCUCUCGUGGUUGCUUGAACGUUGUAUCUGUGAUACAUUAGCUGGCUGAGGACUCUGGGCUGGCUGGGGCUUCGAAACACUAGAUCCUUUCUGUACAUACGUGUGUGUGUAUAUAUAUGUGUGUGUAUAUAUAUAUAUAUAUAUAUAUAUGUGAGACAGCCGUUUCUGACUUGUAGAGAAAUUUUAAUAAAUCUGGUUUCGUAAAUA